AUGUUGUCACAAUUGCUUGUCCAAGGUAUCAACAACGGAACGUUCCCGAACAAGAAUUUCCAGGGAGCUGCCAUUGGUAAUGGUUUCAUGAAUGUCAAGUAUCUGUUGAACUCUUUGGUACUGUGGAGUGCAUAUCAUGGUCGAGUGGCUAUCGAGCCUUCGGAGCCGUCUAUCACCGAGUUGUCAUUUGGUUUGAUCUAA